AUGUGCCCUACGUCGCCGCUCAAGAAGGCGACUUCAGCAACCCUGGCAACUUAUAUCGCCCAAGAUUUCGCUACUGGCAAGCUCCCUGAUGCGUCUGUGUCAGCGGACAUCGUAGCCAAGGACAUAUCCUCCCUGGCUGACAUCGGCGCUGGCGGCAUAGAGUAUCUCCCGUUCUACUUCUACGGGCUCGUGUAUGCACAGCUUAUCCCUGUGCCAGACGGCCCGAUUGAGCCGCCCACAGACUGGUCCAUCUACGGCUUUGGAGACACGGCUUUCAAUGAGCUGUUCAAAGAGACGCUGCAGGCGAUCAAGGACCAGGGCAAUGGAUUCAACAUAGAUUUCGCCCUGGGCCCAAACCAAGGUGCUGGUGUCCCCAGUGAACCUGGGACGGAGGGCCUGUCGUACGAAAUAGCACCAGGCAACGCAACCGUGGUGGCAGGGGAGACGUUUUCCGGCCCAGUACCACCACCAUACCUCCCAGCAGUUCUUCAAGGCGGUCUCGGAUUCCAGGGACAACUCGAGCAAUUCGGCCCGGCGAACCUGACCGCCGUCUUCGCACUCAAAGUCACUGGCCCAACAAGUCGUUCAGUCUUCACGUACGGGGUUGGCGACACCGCGGUCCCAGUCUUUAUUCUAGAUGAAGACUCAUACAUCGACCUGACACCAAAUGUGUCAACGGACGGACAGCUGGAAUGGACCCCUCCAGCUGACGGCGGCAACUCCACGUGGAAAGUUUUCAGCUACUGGCAACGAUACACAAACCAACGGGCGUGCCGCGGAGGUCUCAACGCUACGACUGUGAUUGGUAACGGCUCGUGGACAGUCGACCAUUUCAGCACCGCCGGAGCCGUCAAAGUUACCGAUUUCUGGGAUCAGCAGAUCUUGAGUGACGUGGAGACAGCGCAGUUGGUAGCAGAUGUCGCCAAGUAUUCCUGGGAAGACAGCAUGGAAAUCCUCGCGGCUUUGUAUUGGACGCCAGACUUCCUUUCGCGGUUCGAGCAAGAGAUCGGCUAUAGCCUCGUCAAAUACCUCCCAUUGCUUUACAAUCCCAAAAAUACCUGGAACGGCGGCAUCCUCGCUUACCCGGAGCUCUACCAGUACGGCGAAUACACCGCAGACAACACUAGCGUGCAUGAUCUGGACUAUCGAACUGUCUUGACGUCUGGUUAUCAAGACUACAUCAAUCAUUUUGAGGAGUGGUCUCAUGCGCGCGGAGUCGAGUAUUCCAAUCAGCCAGCCUACAACCUUCCAUUGGAAAUGCUGCGGAACAUUCCGUCAGUCGAUGCCCCGGAGGGCGAAUCGCUGGGCUUCGAGGACAGUGUAACUUCCUACCGCCAACUCUCGGGCCCCGCCCAUAUUUCAGGGCGCAAUGUUGUAUCGAGCGAGAUGGGCGCCGUCUCUGGACCAGCGUUCAACCUCACCAUCCCGCAGUUCCUGUACCACGGCAAGGUAGGCUUUGCUGGCGGCAUCACGCAGCAAGUUCUCCACGGUGCGCCCUACUCCGGAAACUAUCCCAACACCACCUGGCCAGGGUACACGACUUUCUACUAUCUCUACAGUGAGAUGUGGACGCCAAACCUGCCCACUUAUGGAUCCGGCCAUUUGAAGGAUACGCUGGACUAUUUCGGCAGAAACCAAUGGGUGCUCCAACGGGGUGUACCCAAGGUCGACCUCGCCGUCUACUACUACGCAGCUCCUUGGGCUCCAGGUGGUGAAGAUGCCCUUGGCGGUGCGGAUGGACUGGGCGCGCUGGGAUACACACACGAUUACCUCAGCCCACAGAACCUGCUUCUCCCGCAAGCCACGGUCCAAGACGGAGUCUUGGCUGCGGAUGGCCCUUCGUACAAAGCACUCGUUUUCUCUGGCCAGGAGAUCAUCACAUUGGAGGCAGCUCAGGCAGUCCUUGGCUUCGCUCAGGCAGGACUUCCUAUUAUUGUCGUUGGCGAUGCUUUGGCUCUGCCCAGUCAGACGUACCCAUCUACUGACGUGGACGAACUUGCCAACAUUACAUCUCAAAUAGCGCAGAGUUCAGCUACACAUUUCGUCGCCUCUAUCGGAGAGAUAUCCGGGGCUCUGUCUGAACUGUCCAUCACGCCUCAGGCGGGUCUGAACUGCACAUCUAACCCCGUCUAUCCGCUCGUCCGAAGUGACACGGACAGUGGCAUUGAGUACGUCUUCCUGUACAAUGACCAGUACGUCUCGGCCGACUGCAGCGUUUCUUUCACCUCUUCCGGAAGCAACGCUACCCCGUUCGUAUACAACGCAUUUUCCGGAAGUCAAGAAGAACUGGUUGAGUACACGGCCGACGGAUCAGUGUACACUCUUCCAGUUAAUCUGGCAGCAAAUGAGACCACCAUACUCGUCUUCAAGUCGGGCUCGGGUGCCAACAGCACCAGCAAGCCUUUCGUCACGUCGUCGAGUCAGAACGUCGCAUCCGUCAAGCGCAGCAAUUCGAGUGAUACCUCUGUUCUAGCAACAAUCAGCAGCUCCGGCUCGGCCAGCCUCACCUUCGACUCCGGCAAGACCGCCACAUUCGACGUCUCCCUCCCCGCGACCCUCGACCUGCCCACCUGGGACAUCGAAAUCGAAGACUGGCACGCCCCAGAGGACCGCUUCGACGUCGAAGCCGGCACGGCCAUCACACUACACAACCUCACCGACCAAGCCCUCGUGCCCUGGACGCAGCUCGGUGCCGGGUUCGAGAGCGUGAGCGGCGUGGGACGCUACACCACCCGCUUCACAGUGCCCUCUCUACCAAGCAGCAACUCCUCCUCGGCCGCCCCCUCUUCCCGCAUCGGAGCCCUGCUCUCCCUGGGCCCCGUUGUCAACACCAUCCGCGCGAGCAUCGACGGCGUGAAGCUCGCCCCGAUCGACCCGGCGCGGCCGGUCGUGGACAUCUCGGACUACGUGGCCGAGGGCCAGGAGUAUGAGCUCGUGGUCGAGGUGACCACGACGCUGUUCAACCGGAUCAAGAGCGAGGCGGACCAAGUCCAGGUCUGGGGCCAGGUUGCGUCGGCCCAGCAGUCCAAGUAUGCCGAUCAAGGGCCUUGUGAGUACGGGCUCUUGGGCCCGGUCACUUUGGAGUGGGUUGUUGUUGCUGAGGUUGAUGCUAGCGCCUUGUAA